UAGGCUUUGUUUUUUUCCGCAAUAUGCGACAUGCCUUUGUUUUGAUGAAUAUAUCCAGUCGAUGCAUUUUCGACAGUCUUAAUAAGAGGUUUUAGUUUGCAUUGUAAAAUCCCCGACAACUUCUAGAUCCCUCCUACAUUUAGCACGUAAACCAUCGCUCUUGCUUCUCAGUUUCUGAUCUUAGUUGAAAACCCGACCAUGUCAUCUAUCAACGAAACAAGUUCGUCUGUGCCCGUUCGUGUUCUCGAGACAACCUCGGGAGCUCCCGAGUCGCCUAGAGAAUUUAGCCCCAUCAGUGCGGAAACGAUUGUCGAUCGCAUCCGUCGCGCAAAUGAGGAGAUUGUUCCUGCCCAUAGUCACACGCUUGCAAGUUUGAGAGUGCAGCAGAGCAAAGAGGCACUGCUAGGUGGAGAUCAGGAAGAAGGUGGUGGGGAGGCUGGAGCCACGCGCACUCCGACCAUUCGCAGAAUGGGCAGUAGGGUUCGGCAGAACAGCACCAAAGGAGCGGUCAGUCCUGGUGACGUUUUGAAGACCUUGCCAAAGCCCAAUCCGGCUGGAGACAUCCAUCAUGCAAAGAUGACCAAAUUUCUGUCAGGCUUUCGUCGCUUUCACAAACGUUUCUUUGCCAACAAUAACUCACUCUUUGAGAAUCUUCAACAUGGACAAGCUCCCAAAACACUUCUCAUUGGUUGCUGCGAUUCUCGUUGUGAUCCGGCUAUCAUUACAGAUUGUGACCCCGGAGAUCUGUUCGUCAUUCGGAACGUCGCCAACUUGAUACCUCCGUAUUCCCCGAACGACGAUCAAACCCUCCAUGGAACGUCCGCUGCAAUGGAAUUUGCGGUAAAAGGACUCAAAGUGGAAAAUAUCAUCGUGAUGGGGCAUACCCAGUGCGGAGGAAUUUCCGCACUCUUGAAGGGUCAUGUAGCUGGUUACGAGUUCAUCGAGUCAUGGAUGAAGAUAGCUCAGCAAGCAAAGGAAACGGCACUAAAGAACUUUGCUAAUAUGGACCACGAAGUGCAGGCCCGAGCGUGUGAACAUGCGUCCAUCUUGUGCUCCUUGGAAAAUCUUGUCACAUAUCCUUGGAUUCGGGACAGAUUGGCCACCGGCGAAAUCAGUAUCAAUGGAUGGUACUUUGAUUUUAAAAGUGGUGAUCUGUUAGCCUACAAUCCGGAGACCAAUGCCUUCGAGAGCUUGGUAUUGUCGGAGACUCCUGCAACGGAGGAAAAUCCAUUUGAGAACCUUCCUAGUGGGAAAGUCGAGGCGGAAGAGAUCAAAGAGCCUCGUUCAGCUCCAAUCCGUGAUGCUGGGGUUGCUGCUCAGUAACACCGAAUAGUAUCGUACGAGUAUAGCACAUAGUAUACAAAUUCAAUAAAAUCAUGUCUACUUGACCAUUACACAGGCUGACACUAACCGCUAUGACUAAAUACCACGUUACUACAAAUACAAUCGCAUUAGUUUGCCAGAG